CUUACUAGGUAUCACAGCUCUAGUGGAGGCCAUGAUCUUUGAUGACACUCCGUUAACGGCUACUAUUACGCUACAAGGACUACCUUGUAUAGCAUAGGCACUCCACCUAUUGUCUCAAAAUGGCCAGAUUUCGCUUGGAGAAACGUCUAGCAGCUUAUCGUCCCCAUGUACCUAUACAUUUUGGCUAUCCCAGCUCCACGGGAACGUCGGUCAUAGUCGUGCCAUUGUCCCAAGUACUUAUACUGUGGCAUUCGCUUUCUGAUGGUCUAGACACUCAACUAAUGCCGCUUCAAACUGUGUCAUCGAAUGAGUUGCAGAACUCAGAAGAAAGUGAGGCUCUGUAGCGGAAAGCGCUGGACAUUGUACCCCAAUUGCUGCUAUCAUCGCUCUGAGGUGGUACGUGAAAGCUGAGUGCACUCUAUUCUCUAUUCGUCUCUUUGCUGGUCUCCUCAUGCAAUUGGGCUGAUCUCACACAUUGUCCUGCAUCGGCUAUCUGUGUCAUUUCCAACCACCUCGGCCACUAGCCAGGGCUCGUGUUCUGUACUUCUAGCGUGGCAAACUCUCUCUUUCCCGCGGCGAAGCCAGACCAAUCUCGUGUUGCAACGCUGCGCUUUAUCGGUUCUACUGAUUUGAUCCAUAGACGAAACGUAGAUUGCAUGAACGCAUCCAUUUUUGAUACCUUUCCUCAGUUGCCAAUAAUCAAGCUCAAUUCCAUGUUGGCUAAAACAUGGACGAAAGCCAACAACAAAGCGGCGGCGGCGGC